GAAAAUGUUCGCAGAAAUUGUUUUGUGGUGGUGGAAGCUGACUAAGUAACUGCACUUCCGGCCUGCCAUUUCUCCCGUAGCGCUAUUCAGGGAUUCGAUCCUGGAGCUUUUUUGAGGUUUUUCAAACUGUAGGUUUCUAUACAUGCAGAAACUUCCACAGAAGAGAAACACACGACCAAGCCUUGUUUCUCUAAUGCUCUAUGCCGUCGACUAUGAAAAUAUAGAGCAUCUUUCAUAUCUUUUCACAUUGGUGUAAGAGGUUUUCUCCAGCAUGCUCAGUCGUGCUAUGCUGCCUCUUUUGAGGCCUCGUGGGGUUCCACUAUCUAUCCGAACCUCCUCCUUCACAUACCCUCCUACACAUCUACGAUAUUUCGCCAGUAAUAAUAGCAAACCUCCGCGACCUAAUGGAGGCAAAGCGCCUUCUCAUACGCCCUCUUCAAACCCCGAACCUUCCGCCACGCCUCCUUCACAAUCAUCCAAAUCAGGACAAGAGUUUUCAGAGAGCCAGCCAGAAUUUGAAUCAAGUGGGAAAUCUCAGAAGAAUACCGCGCCCGAAUCUGCAGGAACUGCAACUGGCGGAGGUGCGGGAGCUGGGACAGCACGGACGAGUAGUUCUGAGCCACAAUCCGAUUUCUCCAAGGAUCAACCGGAGUUCGAGACAGAGGCUACCUCUCCGAAGGAUGAAGCGGCUGCGGAACCAUCGCCUUCACAGCCCCAGAAACCCCUCCCAGACCUCACCCGAGGCAUCCCUUCUACGAUAGCAGAGGAGCUUGAAGCUCGUUCAAAACAUCGUGGUCCAACUGCCCUUAACCUCACGGAGGAAGAUGGUUCAGGGGCAGGUGAGGGCGGAGACGUCCCCAAAAACCCUUAUGUGUCAUCCACUGAACGCCGACGAAACAGAUUCAUCAAUAUUAUGUAUGCUGUGUUUCUGGGAAGUGGUGUGGGUGGUACAAUAUUCCUAGGCCGAAAUUGGGAUACUGAGGAGGAGGAGAAGCUUCACAAGGAUGCGCCCUCCGGUUGGGGAUUUGGGCUCUUUUUCGCCCGUAUCAAGGCUCGUUUCUCUGAUAUCACAAGUUACUAUAAGGAUCCAGCAUUCGAGAAACUUCUUCCGGACGAUGACCCGAUGAUGCGGCAGCCUUACACACUAGUUAUUAGUUUGGAAGAUCUUUUAGUCCACAGUGAAUGGACGCGGGAACACGGAUAUCGUGUGGCUAAGCGACCUGGGGUCGACUAUUUCCUUCGAUAUCUCAAUCAAUAUUAUGAAUUGGUUCUCUUUACUAGUGUUCCGAGUAUGAUGGCAGACCAGGUGCUUCGCAAGCUUGACCCGUACCGGAUCAUUCGUUGGGUCUUAUUCCGAGAAGCAACCAAGUACGAGGACGGUGAGCAUGUCAAGGAUCUUUCCUACCUAAACCGAGACCUUUCGAAAGUUAUUAUGAUUGACACACACGCUCCACACGCCAAACGUCAACCUGAGAACGCCAUCAUCCUUGACAAAUGGAAGGGUGAUCCCCGUGACAAGGACCUCGUCGCCCUUAUCCCAUUCCUCGAAUACGUCGCCGGGAUGGGCAUCGAGGACGUACGACCAGUCAUCAAAUCCUUCGAAGGCACCAAAAUCCCCGUGGAAUUUGCUCGGCGUGAGAAACUGAUGCGAGAAAAGUUCCAGAAACAACUAGCUGAAGAGCGGGCCAAGAAACCCAAGUACAGCGUCAGCAGCAUUGCGUCUCUACUAGGCAUCAAGCCCACACCCCCAACGAUUGAUGGUGUUGACCCGGCCGCAGGCCUGGAGCAGGGCAAGAUGCUGUGGGAUCAGAUUCGCGAGCGGGGCCAGAAGCAGUAUGAGCUAAUUGACAAGGAGAUUCGGGAGAAUGGGGAGAAAUGGCUGGCGGAGAUGGCAGCAGAGGAAGAAAAGGCGAGGGAGGAGCAGAUGAAUGGGAUGCGGAAUAGCUUUACGGGGUUCUUCGGCUUUGGUAGUGGCGGGGAUGGCCAGGCGAGGAAAUGAUUUUCCGAGUCCAUAAUACAUCCCCUCCCUCUCCCGAAAUGAUCUUUUCUUUUGCUUUUUUGUAAAUUGACAAUGUGCUUCAAUCCCGAAGGCACUCGAAUCCCAACCAUGAAUACCUCAAAAUACCAGCCCCAUGUCUCAUCCAGCCCUCCCAUCCUUCAGUGGCACUUUUCUACGUUCUAAUCUACUCCACUGGGAACCGGCCGGACAUGAAAACAAUCCCUCUCUCCAGACUUCCCCCAACUCUCGUCCUAUACAAAGUCAUGAUUUCCAGCUUAUUCAAACUCUAGGUUCGCUAUUGGCAUACGUGGCUUGGCGCUGUUGUCUCUCCUCUCCUUAUCCUUCUGGAACUUUUAUCCCACUUUUCAGACCCACGCUGUCCUCUGUUGAAUGUAUGUAUGGGUUGGGUUACUUGCAUGGCUAUUUAUCUUCUUUUUAUUAUUUUUAUAUCGUUAUUUUAUAGUCCCACCUUGUUCCAGUUUAGAUAUUGAUCUACAUGCAUUUCAUCUGGUGGAAAAGAUGGGGGGGAUGGAUGGCUUAGGAAGGGAACAGACCGGUCAAGGGGCUUUUCCUUUCCCCUUUCUUUAACUUGCUUUUCUUGUUUGUAUCUAACACAUAUAUGUAUAUUAUUUGAAGAAUAUGCGUGUUGGUAAUACGCAUGUAACUAAAUGGUGAUGGACAAAGAUUUACCUAUAAGACACCAUGGAUUCCCCCUCAUCCCCAAAGCACCAAUCUCCAGUCUCUAAACGCACACAACACCUUCUCACAUCCUCACGUAUAGUACCCCCCUUUAACCCCCCCACUUUCUAACUCCUCCCCCCCCUUCGUAUCCGCCAUCAACCCCGUGUGCAUAUGGGAGGAAAGGGGAAUGGCGGAGGAAUAUAUCAUAUUUUGAGCUUUUCGUUCCUGGAAAGAAUUGGAGAGUGUAUGAAAUAGCGCAUAGCUGGAAAAAAUAAGUUAAACAAAUACCUGUCUAGUCCCACCUCCAAACAGCUUCCGAAACCACUUCGCCCGCUCAAAAAACGCACGGAAUCCGAGUAUUAUGCUGCCCAUCGGCGCCCCUAGGCCCUCCGCAAAGCAUAUGCUGAUACUAUCGAAC